CUGCUGAUCACGCCCGGUGCUCAGCGGCGCGUCGCAUUGGUGCUCUCCAGCUGCUCUUCAUAUGCACGGCCUUGGCUGCCCCGCCAAGUGACGGGAGGGUCGGUCACUUGGGCCACUGGCUGGCCUGUUCGUCGGCACUCUGUGAGAGGGGCACGCCCAAGAAUGGCAAGGCCGUUCCAAUCACAACGGCGUGAAGGAGUAAGCCGCGGGGCAGCUAGGGGGGCGAUGAGCAAGCGCUUGGUUCGGCUGCUCCGUCAUCUGGUUUGCUCGCUAGCUGUUGCCUCGUCGGUCUGGCCUGUUACCGGCCCUCCGGUUCACGGAUCGAGUCCUACAAACACCUCAUAUCUGUCGUACAGACAAAAUGGCCACACUUCCACUCCCCCCUCCUUCUUUCUCCCCCUCCUCCCUUUCGCUCGUUUGCCCGUUCCGUCCACCACUGUCUCACAAGUGACUGUCACGCGCCCUAUCAAGAAGUUUGGUAGUGUUGUCUACGCUUGCCGAGGAAAGUGGUUCGUGCCACUCUCCGGCGCUACCGAUAAAUUACCCGCAUACCGCCGACCGGUCCGAUCCGAUGCGACCACAUCCGAGUAACGCCUAGGCCUUGUGUUGAAAUACUUUCAGACAAGACAUACUCGAGCCGAACGCUCAGGGAAAGGAAGGGCGAGAUUCCGCCGGACCAGGCGAAGGCCCAUCGCCCGCGGUGCUGCAGCCACCAUGGCGGUCCAUCCAGGAAUCCAGCUGGCAUGCUCCAUGUGGGCGUUGACGCUUCUCUCGCUGGCGCUGGUCGUCGCGCGACUCUACACACGCAUACGUAUAAUCAAGUUUGUUGGAGCCGAGGACCAUAUGUACGCAUGGACCGGCGUCUUUCUGCUCGUCUUCACCUGCUCCAUCCAGGUCGGCGUACAUUACGGCCUCGGCCGCAGUUUCUGGACCCUUAGCUGGGAGGAUUCGAGCGACGCUAUAUUUUGGACAUAUGUCGCCAACAGCUUCGCAAUCACCGGCAACGCCAUGGCCAAGCUCUCCAUGGGCCUGUUUCUCCUCCGUGUUGUCCAGAUCAGGUGGCAUAAAAUUGCUCUUUGGUUCCUCAUCGUCGUCACAGUCGGCACCUCGAUCGCCCUCACCAUCAUGCUUUGGAACCAGACCACGCCCGUCAAGGCCAGCUGGGACCCCAUCAGGACGCCCGGAACGUGGAACAUCCAGAUCCAGCCCCUGAGUGUUGGGCUCGGAGCUUGGUCGAGCGCCUGCGACUUUUUCUUUGCCAUAUUUCCAUGGCUUUUCAUCUGGUCUCUCCGCAUGCCACAGCGGGAGAAGAUUAUGCUCGCGGGCGGGAUGAGCAUUGGUGUUAUUGCCGGCAUCUGCGGCAUUGUUAGGACAAUUGUGCUCUCUCGUCUCGACGUUUACAACUACACAUUGAAUUUCGUCCCAUAUUUCGGCUGGGCUGGCGCCGAAAUCGCGGUUGCCAUGUUCUGUGUUGGAAUUCCUACGUUGCGACCCCUCUACAUGAAGAAACGCCACGGAUUGACGACCGAGUACGGAAACCGAGGCAACCCGAGCGCCGUCAGCGAUGACCGGCUGCCGCGAUUCACCAUGAUGGAUCAGAAGAAGGUGGCGGCCAGUCCGGCCGCCACGGAUGCGAACAUGAGCCAGUCGACCUCGUCACCAAAUUUGGACAUAAGCCCUGAGGACAGGGCGGCCGCGAUGCUGGAUGCCAGAGUGCUGGCCGCCGCCGCCGCCGCCAUGGAAAAGCCGGUUGACCUCGAGUCCGGCGUGUCGGCCCGCGACUCCGGGUCCUUCUACGCUCCCAGGGAUGAGGAGAGCUUUGGGGCCUUCCUGGACAGAGAGAGGGCCAGGGAGCUCGGCGGCCAGAAGCCCCCGAGCAUCCCGGGAAGGCCGGCGACGGCACACAUGCGCAGCUUCAGCAACAACAUUAACUACCAGGGACACUCCCGAGGCGGCUCCGGCCACAGGUGGCGCGAGGACAGCCUGGUCAGGCCCGCGACGGCGCACACGGCCAGCAGCGGCCACAGCGUAAACAACGCGGGCAACUACAGGUGGCGCGACGACAGCGUGGACGCGAUCCUGGGCCUCUAUGACAGAAGCAUAGGCGGCGCGGCGGCGGCGGCGGCCAGGGCUGGCGGCGACCGCCGAGGGAUCUGGGUCAGGAACGAGGUCCACAUCAAGCGAGAGGAAGACUCGAACUGGCCCCUGAGGAGCUAGUUGGCUGGCAUUGCCUUCCCUCCCCACUUUUCUCUUCUUUGUAUCAUUUUUCCCUACUAUGUUCUUUCAGGCCCCAAGGCCUUUGUUGUCCCUAGCGAGACGCUCCUUUGUUGCUGCCACCCUAGAGCUUGACUAGAGAAUGAUAGAUGCCCCUCGGCAGCACGACGCAAGUCGCGGAUGCCGACACCAAAAUUCGCUAAUUCAAUAAUGACCAUCCAAGCGUAUUUGCCAUUUGCAUAA